AGGCAUCGCGAGAUCUGUCUUCUCGUCUCCGAUGCCAGGAGCUCUCUCUGGGCGCUAUGGGAGGACUCUGGCGUGGGGCAUGGAGCCGCGUUACCUUCUGUGGCUGGCGCUGGAGUCACCCUGGGUCCCCGACCAAAGUUGCCGAGAGCGCAGAGCCGUUUCUUAGGCCGGGAAGGAGUGGGACAGGAAGUGCUGAGAGGGGGCUGAGGCGGCUUGGGACAUGGAGGCGCCCAGACCUGGCCCUGCAGCCGCCACGGCGGCCGAAGAGCACGAACCCUUUCACGCGCGCGCAGGAGGAGGACUGGCGGCGUCGGAACAAGACGGUCCUCACGUACGUGGCCGCCGCCGCCGUGGGCAUGCUGGGGGCGUCCUACGCCGCCGUACCCCUUUAUCGGCUCUAUUGCCAGACUACUGGUCUUGGAGGAUCAGCAGUAGCAGGUCAUGCAUCAGACCAGAUUGAAAACAUGGUGCCUGUUAAGGAUCGAAUUAUUAAAGUCACCUUUAAUGCAGAUGUGCAUGCAAGUCUCCAGUGGAAUUUUAGACCGCAGCAAACAGAAAUAUAUGUAGUGCCAGGAGAGACUGCACUGGCGUUUUAUAAAGCUAAGAAUCCUACAGACAAACCAGUAAUUGGAAUUUCUACAUACAAUGUUGUACCAUUUGAAGCUGGACAGUAUUUCAAUAAAAUACAGUGCUUCUGUUUUGAGGAACAAAGGCUUAAUCCACAAGAAGAAGUAGAUAUGCCAGUGUUUUUCUACAUUGAUCCUGAAUUUGCUGAAGAUCCAAGAAUGGUGAAUGUUGAUCUCAUCACUCUUUCCUACACUUUCUUUGAAGCAAAGGAGGGACAGCAGUUGCCGGUUCCAGGCUAUAAUUGAAGUUAGCACCUAAGUCCUGCUUCAGAUUUGUGAUUUUUGAAAAAUCAUGUAUCUACUCUUCUCAGGGGAGAAAUAUCCUACAGUAAUGUGAAGAUAUUUUAAAUAUUAUUUAAUGCUGUUUUUUUUUCUCAACUAAUUUACCCUACUUAAAAUUGAACGGUUUCUAUCAUAAGGAAUCCACAUGCCUAUUUGAAUGUAUGACUGUUCAAAGCCAUAGAGUAAUAUAAGUAAUACUAAAAGUAAUAUUGGUAAGUAAUAAUAAGAGAAACUCCUGUUUCUUAAAUAUGUAGGCAUGGACUUGAUGGUUCAGAUUAAUUCUAUUUGCUCCCCUUACAGAUUAUUAGCCCUUCAUACUUGUAACAGUGAAUAUUUUUGUUAUUCCCAGGAUUAUCUGUUUUAGGCUCCAGGUCUUCUGCCCAUUUUUAUUAUUUCUAAAAUAGUCAGGUUACUACUUUUUUCUUUUAUUGUGAAUAGUUAACUACUUUAAAAGCUCACAAUGGAAGAAGAAUCACUGAGCCCUAACAGCUUGCCUAGAGGUAACAUACUGACUUCAGAUUUGACUGUUUUUCCUUUAGGCCCUAGGGCUAUUUUAUAUUCUGAAAUUUUGGCAUCAUGAAUUGAAAUAAAAUGCACAAAUAUAUUAAUUAGGAUUAUAGCAUUUCCUUUGAUAGUUCAAGUCCCUGAAUGUUAAAAUAUAAAUGUGGAAUUGUGAAGACUCAGAAGAAGUUCUAUGAACAAACUCUGUUUAAAAAAAAAAAAAAAGAUGUAUUAAUUGUUUUAGUAGGAAUCUGUCAUUGUAAUUUAUGACAUAAAUGAAUGCACAAUUUAUUCUAAAUAUUUUCUAGUAGUAUUUGUUCCAGAUAGAAAUAUUACAGUUAAAGGGGGAGAAAAAAGAUCAUCUAGUAUUACAAAGAAUUGUAUUUAAAGGCAACUUUAAUGAAGAGUCCAGUGACCUCUUCAGGGUAUCUGAAAUAUAAACUACAAUCAUGAAGGCUUUUACAAGUUAUAAUUCUAAACAAGUAUUAUUUAUAAAAAGUACAAAUUGACUUUUACAUUCAACUUAGUUAAAUGAAGGCACUCAAUAGUCUUCAUUAUUAUUUUGUAAUAAAAUAAUCUUCAUCUACUCUUAUCACAGCUGUGUGAGGAUUUCUUUUCUAAAAGUAGGAAGCCCGAUGAAACCUAAGGUGCUGUCAUUAAACUAGUUGGCCUCAGUACAAUGGAUUUUUCUUCUGCUGAAGUUUUAACUGAAUAUAUGUUACAACCAAGUUCUUUUGAGAUAAAGUUUAAACUGUGGUCUGGAAGCAUAAAUAUUCCUGUGGAAUUGUUCCUCUUCUGUGAAGCUUCAUUACUGCAGAGGAGAAAUGUUCCACUAAGCUUCUGAUGUGCUGGUAGGUCUUGUCUUCUGGGCCUCAAAGUUUCACAGGGUCUACCUUUUAGAGAAUUGGCACCUUUAAUGUAGUUAGUGAGCUGGUCAUCCGCCUUCCCCUAGAAUAGAAAGAAUAUAGCCACCCUUCAUCCUUUCCUUUUCUUUCCCCAUUCCUACAUAACGAGAGAGUCACAAUCUAAUGCAGAAAGGUGGGCAUGUACUAGUUCAAUGGGGGUAGGUGUGAGGGGAAUAAAUAAGGUUAAUGGGUUACUGACGGCCAUGCAUUCAUUAGUAAAUAAAAUAGGAUGAGUGAUAUAACAAAUAGGAAGAAUCCAGACCUAUCUGGAUGAGCAAUGAGUGGGUUUCACCAGUUAGUAGAUAUUAACUGUAUGUAAAAAAAAUAAAUGUCUAUUUCAGUGCU